GGCAUUAUUGUUUUCGCUCAAUGUGUUUCAUCAAUCGAAUUUGAGAAAAUUCAAUAUUUAUGGCAAAAAGGAUUAAAACGAAAAGAAUCCAGCAUAAUAAUUUAAUUGAUGAAGAACACCAUCCAUUGAAAUGAAAGCAAAGCUUUGAUCAAAAGACAAACAAACUACCACGGUGGAUGCACUGUUUUUUCUCACUUUACCACAUCAUCCUCUCUAUCUCCCGCCCCACCGGCCGCUACUCCACCGGCAAGUCGCCGUCGGCGAACUCGUCGGAUCUUCUAGAACCCUUCGAAUUUUAUAUCAUUCAUAAAAUGAGUCGAUAACGCUUGCUUUACUCGCAGAUCUAAUUCAGUGUCGCAAUAAGUUGGAAGGAUUUGUAAAAGCGACAUAUCAAUUUACUAAUGGCUUCGCCGAAUAUGGAUCAAUUUGAGGCCUAUUUUCGGCGAGCUGAUUUGGAUCAGGAUGGUCGGAUCAGUGGCCCUGAGGCUGUUGCCUUUUUCAAAGGCUCCAAUUUGCCUCAACCAGUCCUCGCUCAGAUAUGGACCUAUGCUGAUCAAAGUCGUACUGGGUUCCUUGGUCGCCAAGAAUUUUAUAAUGCUCUUAAGCUCGUCACAGUGGCACAAAAGCGAGAGUUGACUCCAGAAAUAGUGAAGGCUGCGCUAUUCACUCCAGCUUCAGCUAAAAUUCCUGCCCCCCAAAUAAACCUUGCAGCUGUACCCGUUCCCCAACCAACUAAUAAGGUUGGGGCUGAAGUUCCUCCAGUUAGUGGUGCUACUCCAACAGCAGCUCAAACUUUUGGCAUUAGGGGUCAACAAGGCUUACCAGCUCAGCAAAGUCAUUACAUGAGGCCUCCUCGGCCCUCGAAUCCAAGCCCUGGUUUCCAAUCUCAACCAAAUAUUUCUGGUCAAGGAAUGCUAGUUGGAAGUACUGUUGUAGCUUCUCGCCCUCCCAGUUCCACUGAUUUGCCUGCUGGUCGGAAUGGUGGCUCACAAGCAGGUCCUGGUUCCCAAGCCCCAAAUACAAGUGUCAGUUCUAGAAGUCAGGAUGCAUUUGGUCUUGUUGCAUUGACGCCUUCUGCACAACAAACCCAUCAAGCAACCACGUCAUCACUGCAACCAGAUCUAUCAAAAUCAAAUGAUGCAACUUUGUCGCAUGGUAACCUGCCUGAUGCCAAAGUUCCUAAAGCCGUUCCAGUUGCAGGAAAUGGAUUUCCAUCGGAGUCGCUCUUUGGAGAUGUUUUUUCAGUUGCAUCAGUUCAACCCAAGCAAAGCUCCACACCAACUAUAUCUUCCGCAGUUUCAUCAGCCACAGUCCCAGCACCUACAGGGCCCCAACCUCCUAUAAAGGCUAGCUCAAUUGAUUCGCAGACUACACUUCCUCAGCAACUGGUUCACCAGCAUCAGCAAGCUCAUUUGAUUGUGAGACCAAAUCAACAGGUUCAAGUGCAAAGUUCUGCUGCAAUUCCUAGUGCAGCUAGAAAUUCUCUUCCUGGCCAGUCUCAGCUUCCGUGGCCAAGGAUCACGCAGUCUGACUAUCAGAAGUAUUGCAAAGUAUUUAUGGCAGUGGACACAGACAGGGAUGGAAAAAUUACUGGCACAGAGGCACGGAGCCUGUUUCUAAGUUGGAAGCUGCCUUGAGAGGUCUUAAAACAGGUGUGGGAUUUAUCGGAUCAAGACAAUGACAGCAUGCUUUCUUUGAGGGAAUUCUGCAUUGCACUUUACCUGAUGGAGCGGCACAGGGAAGGUCGCCCUCUUCCUUCAGUCCUUCCAGCUAAUCUUAUCUUUGACGAGUCAUUAUUGCCUGCUUCUGGUCAGCCUACAGGAUCACAUGGUGCGACAGCUUGGAGACACACAUCAGGUUUCCAGCAAACACAGGGGCCAAGGGGUGCACACCAAGUGGCUUCUGGUGCUCCGGGGAAGCCUCCACGUCCAGUUCCCAUUCCCCAGCCUGAUGAAACUGUGCAGCCUAGUAAACAGAAGGCGAAAGUUCCAGUAUUGGAGAAGCAUCUGGUUGACCAACUUAGCACAGAGGAACAGGAUUCAUUGAACUCGAAGUUCCAGGAAGCAACUGAUGCAGAGAAGAAGGUCAUGGAACUGGAGAAGGAAAUUUUAGACGCCAAAGAAAAAAUUCAGUUCUACCAUGCAAAGAUGCAAGAAUUGAUUCUAUACAAAAGCCGAUGCGAUAAUAGACUGAAUGAGAUCACCGAAAGAACUUCUGCUGACAAAAAAGAGGUCGAAUUACUGGCUAAAAAAUAUGAAGAGAAAUACAAGCAGACUGGAGAUGUUGCUUCUAAGUUGACAAUUGAGGAGGCCACAUUUCGGGAUAUUCAGGAGAAAAAAAUGGAGCUUUAUAGAACGAUUGUCAAAAUGGAUCAAGAUGGCAAAACUGAUGGUAUCCAGGACCGUGCUAAUCAGAUUCAGGCAGACCUCGAGGGGCUAGUAAAAGCAUUGAACGAACGGUGCAAAACUUAUGGGCUACGGGCCAAACCAACUACUCUGCUUGAGCUUCCAUUUGGUUGGCAACCGGGCAUCCAAGAGGGGGCAGCUGACUGGGAUGGAGCGUGGGAUAAAUUUGAUGAUGAAGGUACGCUGUAAAACGUCAUUUUAAAAUCAAACAUUCAAAGUGCCUCCAAAGUGGUCCAGAGACCAUCUUAUCAGCUUAUCAUAUUUAGAUUAAAAGACUUGACUUUCAUAGUGCCUAUA